UAUUCAAGAGUAUCAAAACGACAAAAUAUUACUUGAAGUGUGUAAAUUUGUCAAAAACACAUAUGAUGAUUGUGACUACUUUAUUUCUGAUUUCUUAUUUGUCUAUUAUAGAUGGACAAUAUUUGCAGAUGCUUCAAACAGUACAAUCAACGAUUAACCAUAACACUGCAACACUAUCUAUAAUGCUGCAAGAAAUACUAAGGAGACUUCCAAAAGAUCAAAAUAUUGCCGCUUUGAGGGAAGUUGCCUUUGGAAAACGAACAAAGCAAAGUUCAGAUGAUUAUCGUUGGCCCAGUGUUGCUGUCGAUGGAAAUUUAAACUCAUUUUCCCGUACUCAAGUUGAACAUUCACCUUACUGGGAGGUGGAUCUAGGGAGAGAUUACCUGAUAAAAAGGAUAGACAUUUUCAAUAGAAAGGAUUGUUGUGGAGAUCGGCUUCACGACUUGUAUAUAACAACUGGACCUGCUCACAAUCAAAUGUAUCCAUGUGCUUAUUACAAAGGACCUGGUCGUACUGGAGAACAUCUUGUGUUUAAAUGUCACCAUAGCAAAUAUGCACGGUACGUGAAGUUGGUGAUCAAGGGGAAAGAAUCCCUCACCCUUGCAGAAGUUAAAGUGUAUGCACAAGAUGACUGAUCUAAUCAACUAUUGUUAUAUAAAAUAACACCAAAUGUUUAUUCAUUUUAUCAGCAUGAUCAGUGUUAUUUCAUUUAUUUCUCAAUUC